CGGCGAGCACUUGAUCGGUCCCGCUCGGUCGUUCAGCCGUGAUGCGCAGGUUCGGCGGUACACACGAUGAUGGAGACGUCAUUGCGGAGGCGUUGAAGGAGCCCACACCCACAGAAACGGCGUACAGAUACUCCUCCACACCGCCGAACGAGAUGGAGUUGGUGGCGACGUCUGCAUCAAAGGAACAUGGAAACCUCCCUUGCUCUCCAAACCCCACUUCCCCGAGUCAAGCGACCGAACGAAACAAACUCUGUUCCAAAGCCACCUUGAUCAAAGUGAUGUGGUUCAUGGCCGACGUCGUGUUCUCGCUGUCGCUGCUCUUGUCCACUGCAGUCCGCGGGAGUGCGCUGUCGUCUCUGUACUUGCUGUCAUGGAUUAUUGGCAUCUUGCACUCGUUCAAGUUGCGCGCCCUCGCUGUGUUCACGAUGCUUGUCGCGACCUGUGGCGUCGCUGCCAACACGUACACGAUCGUGUGGUACGAAACCAAGCGUUCCGACUACCAGGCUAUGCUGGCACUGCCCGAAAACUCCCGCCAGUCCAUCGAAGAUUUGGUUCCGAUUCCAGGCAAGGUCUUUUUGUCUGCGAUUGGCGUCAAGUACUUGAAAACGUGGGACGACUACAUCUUUGGCGUCGGCCCGGACGUGCUCAUCUUGAUUUCUGCGGCAAUUCAUCUGUUCUUUAUCUACCGCCAGCGCAAACAAGCUGCCCACUCGACGUCCGACGACGUGGCCAUCCCCGUGACGGCAUCUCGCGCUGCGCCGACGUCGUACUUUUCUCGCGACUCGCUCAUCAUAAUUUUGCGCGGGAGCGAGUUUGUCGUGCUUGUCUCGCUUUUCCUGUGCGCAUUUGCGUCGCCGGGGUACCUCGGCGCGUUGUACUACCUCAUCUUUGCGUACUGUUUGAUCGUUUGGACAUUCUCGAGCCCCAAGAUCACCCGGACCCAGCUCGAGCGCAACCUAUCCACGUUUUGCUACUUCUUCGGGCCCACCUCGAUGAAGCUCAUGAUCGCGUACACGAUCCCUGUGCUCUUUGUCAUCCAUGGGUACCAGUAUCCCCAGCUGCGCAACACGGCCGUGGGGCUCCAUCUUGGCACGUACGCCAACAUUUUCGUGCUGCCUGGGAGUUGGGAGGACUGGCAAGGGUACGUGUUUUACGGCGCGACGCUGUUCCUCUUGGCGACAGCAUCGCGAACGUAUCCGAUCUACGAAAAACUAGCGUCCUUGCCGUCGAGGGUUGCGUCCGAUGCCGCGAUGUCCAGCGCCGUGUCGUCGCUGGCCCACCAAGUGCGUUCGUCUGUCGACUCGAUCUAUCACGAGUCGCAACUACUCGUAACACCUACGGCGCAGUCCAGCAUGCGCCAGAGGCACCGCACCACAACCACGGGCGAUGGCAACGAGUCGUCCCGAACGUCAUCGUUCUAUUCCGCGCGGGAGUCUAUCAAGAUGCGCCAUCGCCGCGUCAGCGACGCCACCGACGACGACCUGGACAACGCCAUUCCGACGGCCAAAGAGCUCCUGCACCGGGAAAACCUCGUUGUUCGCAUCUUUCUCGAAGACCGCGGCGUCCUCGGUGCCGUCGCCACCGCCAUCUUUUGGAGUGUAUCGUACCCGUCGUACUUGCUGGCGGUCCUGUUCGGCAUGGCGCUGCUAACGCUCGGCACAUAUGGGCUCGUCAUUCCCCGCAUGCUUCUCCUCGUCCUCAACGCGUACGCUGUCGUUGUGUCGAUCGUCACGUACGUGUGUGACAUGCCGAUCUUUCUCUCGUUCGACUGGAUCCGCGCGCAAAAGGCCAUGCUCGGGAUCGCGCCGUCCAAGUUUGCCUUGAUCGACCUUGCCAUCCACAACGGGUGCCUCAUUGUCAUGUGCUUUUGCCUCCGUAUUCGACUGCGGUACCGCGAUCUCCUCCAAGAGCUCCGCGACGAACGCGCGCUUGAAAAGCUGAACGCCCAAGUCCGCAUCUCGAUCCUGUCGGACAUGUCGGCCACUUCGUCGCGCGUCCAGCACGACAAUCUUCAAACGCAUCGGUUGACGUACUUGGAAUUGGCGGCGCUCUGGUUCAAGGACAUGCAAUGCGUGCUCGUGUCGGUGUUGGAUACGACCGUCCUCUUUACCAUCUUUGUGACGGUGCUGAGCACGUCCGUGAACCUGCUACAGACAGGAUAUCUCAUGCUGGCGGCGUUCGUGGCCGUGUUUCAGCGCCUGCGCCGGCGCAUGUGGCGAUGCUUGCUCGCGUAUACGCUCGUGGUGUGCUUUCUCAUGUACGUUUGGAACGUCAUUUGCCCCACUUCGUUUGACAGGGUGACCAUGGACACGAUUGGGCUCACGUGCUUUGCCGGCCCGACGCCGCCGUCGACGUGGAGCGUGCUGUGGCCGACGCUGUUCAUCGCGCAGUUGAUCUUGAUUGUCCAAGUCGUGAUCCAGCUUGUGAUUUACAUGAAAUCCGACUCGGGGCGCGCCGAGCGCGACGCGUUAAUGUCCCAAGCGCCGCAGCGACCGCUCUACUUUUUAUCGCGGCUGACGCUCGAAGUCGACUUGACGUUUCGCAUGGUCGGCGGCGUCGUGGCGUACUUGGGCUUCCUCUUCCUCGGGUUCGUGUACGAAGUCGACGAGCAUGGCCGCGUCACGUUUAUCGGGUGGCUCCAAGUCUUCCUCAUGUUUACGCUGCUCGGAUCGCAUAUGUCGUCCAUGGUGAAAAGUCCGCGCGGCAACUCGACCAAGACGCAGUUUUUGUGGCGCCUCGUGCUGUGUUACGAAGGUCUUGUGCUGAUCGUGCGGUACAUUUACCAAUUCCGCGCGGUAGAGCGGUUCAUUACAGCCCACUGGCACGUCGAUGACAUCAUGACGAUCGAAGACUUUGGACUCAAGCGGUACUCGGACGCAAACGAACUGUCGGGGUUGUUUGGAUACCUCUUCCCGACGGCGCUGAUGGCGGCAGUGACGGCUUGGAAUCUCCGCUCGAUGAAGCGCAAGCUGCCGCACUACGAGAUCCUAACGCCGGGCCGCAGCGUCCUCAUGGACAACGUCAUCACGUUUGUCCAUGAAUUUCAAAGGAUGGUGUUUCUCAAUAGCCCGAUCGUGCUCGUUCUGUUCAACAUGGGCGUCGUCUGCCACAACAUCAACGCAUUCAACGUGACGUACCUCUCGCUCUUGAUUGCGACGCUGUUCAAGCCCAAGUGGACAGGGUCGUGGAAGUCGCUGUUUUGGCUAUCGUCGUGUUUCAUCUUGUGCCUGUACGCAUUCCAGUCGCGAUCGCUUCAACCCGACAAACUCGCGAUCCUUCUCGGCAACGACCUUGCGACCAAGGUCGAGAACAACGCCAAUUGGGUCGGUCUCGCUCGCAUCAACAAGACGCUGUAUACAACUGAUCGCGGUCUGUCGUCGGUCGAGACGGCGAACAGCGGCAACUACAUCCACCCGACAAUCUGGUCCAUGACGUGGGAGCACUUGGUUGUCAUGGUGCUGUGCCUCGUGACGCGGGCGUCGCACUUUUGGGACCCCGACAAGGACAAGCCGACCCAUGGCCGCAAGUACAAACCUGCGGCACUGCGGGAAUCGGAUCCGUGGGCAGCGGCCGCCGUCGACGACGUCCCGUUUCUGAAAUCCGUGCAGGACUUUCUGCUCCGAUUCACGUCGGAGGGAUCGGUGACACUCACGAUGCUGACGCUGCUCGUGAGUGCAUUUAUUCACUUGAACAUCAUCAGCGUCGUGUACCUGGUCGUCGUGCGAUGGAUCAUGGUCUCGAAUCCGAUCACGGUGUGCCGCAACUGGACGUACCUUGCAAUCAUGCUCCUCUUUGUCUGCAUCACGCAGUACUUUGUCAUGCUAUGGCUGCCGCCGUUCAUGCACCAGCCGCGCAACUCGCUUCCGCCGUGGACAUGGUUUAACGCCGACUACCAAGAGUACUUUGCGCUCAACUUUCAGCACCCGUGGGGCCUCUUCUGCGACUAUGCAUGCCUCCUCGUCGUGUUUAUGAUCCCGGGCGCCAAGCCGUACUACUUGGAGAUUGAAAAACGCGAGUUCGAAGCGGCGGCGCGCGCGGCCCACGAUGUUGUCGCGGGCCAUGCCGACCCCACCGUCCCGUCGUCCGCAUACGUGCUUGUCCCCGGCGACGCCGGCGACUUUACCAUCGAUUCGCUCGAGAACCAGCGGCCAUGGCGCCUGGUGGUGUUUUUCUGUAUGACGUACUGGGUCAUCGGGCUGCUCGUGAUGGUGUUUGUGUCGGGAUGCGUUCGGUCUGGCCUCGCGUCUGGCAUUUACUUGGCUUUUGCCAUCUACAUGUUCCUCCAUCUCAAGGACGUGGACGCUGCCGACAGCAAGAUGCUUCGCCGGCUGCGCGAGUUUUCGUGGGCGUACAUGUUUUUGCUCAUCCUGUUUCAGCUUCCGUUCUUUGGCGACGUGACGGAUCGAUGUGACCUCGGCACCAACAGCAAGCGCGACGGCAUCUGCCUCUCGGUUCCGGCAGUUCUCGACUUUAACAAGUUCCCCAAGAAUUACCCCGGCGCCCCCGUGUUGCAAGCGAAUCUGCCGAUCCUGUCGAUCGUGAUCUUUUGGAUGAUUAACAUCCAAGAACUCAUCUACCGGUCCCCGCUCUACGACUACGUCCGCGCGUACACGGCCCGCGAAGCCGACCAGAGCUUGUCUCGACGCAAAGCCCUGCACACCGAGGUGCUGCUCGACCGACUCGAGCGGUGGACCGCGCUCAAGCAGGAAAAGCAGACGGCCAUUUUCCGCUUGAAGGCCAUCAUCUCCCGCAUGGUGAACAAGGUCGAGGAAAUGAUGGACAUUGCGUCGGGGCUGAACUACAGCCUCCCGCCGCCGGCGCCUAUGCCCCCUGUCGUCGUUGCAGAAGAGACCACGCAAAACGCGGCCACCGUCAUGUGGAGCCCACCGCAAGGCCCGAUGCUACAUCGAAUUCGCUACUACAUCAUCACCCGACAGGUCUAUCCGCCGACGACUCUUCUUGGCGACUACACCGAUCCGGUCGAAGUCAAAGCGACCAACCCGUGCCGCGUCGUCAUUGACGGUCUGCGCCCAGGGACGUCAUAUCAAUUCAAAGUCGCAGCGGCGUCGCGGAUGGGCGAAGGGCCGUUCAGCGCGCCGAGUGUCCCGAUUCAAACAUUUCCUCUGAAUUGGGGCGGCACAUGUCUGGCCGGGUGGGUCCACUACAAAAAGACACGGUGGCCGCAGUCGUGGUGGUCGCGGCUAUGGACGGCCAAGGUCCUUCCACGUUACGCAGUCGUCGACAGCCACGCGUUUGUGUGGUACAAGAACGAAGCCGUGGCGCUCAAGCACCGCAGCAUGAAGAAGCGCAAGCGCAUGAAGACUUCCUUCUUGACGCGGGACGUGUCGUCGUGCAACUUGUCGGAGGCCGUGCAUCGGGCCAACGAGAUGUCGGACGAAGUGUACGCGAUUCAAGUCGUCGCGACGGCGCGCAAUGGACACCAGGUCCAGUACACCAUCCAGCUCGAGACCCAGCAAGAAUUUGAUCGGUGGGUCGUCGAUCUGGGUAACUUGGUGCCGCGCCACGCUGUCGGCGAUCGUCUCGAAGCAUACAUGGAGGCCAAGGGCGUCGCGUUGCCGCCCCGCGACCUGUCCAUGGGCGUAGAUGACGACGACGAACGAUGCGACGGACAGCGCAGCGAGUGGAGUAGUGUCACGGGGGACGAGAGCUGGCUCAACGACGCUGAAGACGAAGAGUUGGGCGAGUCCAAGAACUUUGCCGCGCUGUGGUACCUGGCCGUGUACAACUUCUUUUACUCGCUGCAAGAUGCGUCGAUGCGCCACGAGAGCCAAGUGUACGAAGAGGACGACGAGAUGCUGCCGUCGUGGUACGAGAUGCUUGCGAUCGUGAUCAACUCGAUUCGAAGCAACUCGAGAAACGUGUGCUGCUUUGUGUUUUUGUGCAGCUUCAUCUUUCAGGGCGACGUACUCAACGUCGUGUAUGUGUUUGCCGCGUUUGGUUUUCUCCUGGUCGAGAACCCCCGGCCGCACUCGUUCGCGUGGCACGUAAUCAUGCGAUACUCGUUCUGGGUCGUGUGCGCGCGAUAUUUGUUCCAGCUCCCCGUGUUUUGCGAAAACAUCAACUCGAACAGCAUGUUGUACCCGAGCAUGCAACCGUGGUGCCCCGAUACGCUCGACCUGCUCAAGAAUCGGCAUCCCGUCCAGCCGAUCGUGUACUUUGGAUUGUAUAAAUUCGUGCCGGACGGAGCGAACCCGGCCGUCGACACGAUGUGGCGCGGCGUGUCGUGGAAUUUUGUC